GGCUGCAGGAGCUGGACGAGAUGAAGCGAAGGCUCAAGGAGAUGGAGGAGGAGGCCGCCGCCCUGCGCGACAUGCAGGCCAAGGUCGCCAAGGAGAUGCAAGGAGGAGAUGCCAAUGCGUCUACAGCUGAGGCAAAGGAGCAGGUGGAUGCUCGCUCUGUUUAUGUCGGAAAUGUUGAUUAUGCGUGUACACCAGAGGAAGUGCAGCAGCAUUUCCAAGCUUGUGGAACUGUCAACAGAGUGACAAUCUUGACCGACAAGUUUGGACAGCCAAAAGGAUUUGCUUACGUGGAAUUUCUAGAACAAGAAGCCGUUCAGGAGGCUCUUAAUCUGAAUGAAUCUGAAUUGCAUGGUCGUCAGAUCAAGGUAUCACCAAAGAGGACAAACGUCCCUGGGAUGAAGCAGCGUCCUCCACGCGGAUUCAAUCCCUAUCAUGCCUACCCUUAUAGAUCAUACGGGGCACCGUAUUUCCCACUGUACGGAUAUGGGAGAGUUCCCAGAUUCCGCCGGCCGACACGCUACAGGCCGUACUUUUGAGAGGACGAGGCUUCCAUGAAUAAUCUAGCUGCCGCUGUUUCGGUUACAUUGUUUGACUGGUAGACAUAAUCUGACGACGGGCGAAUGCCCCUAUCGUGUCCUCUUAAGCUCUGUUGUACUGUGGGCUUGCAGUAUGGAUUCAGUCAUGUGGUGAUAUUGGUUUGCUGACUUGGUAGUCAUUGUCUGACGUGGUUAUUAUGUUGGCUCGAAUGAAGUUACGAUGCCAUGUUCUGAUGUCAAAAUUUAAAAGAAAAAUGUGAUUCUUUACCUGUAUGC